AUGCUGGGAUACACCACGCUGAUCGCUCUCUGGAGCACCGGCUUUCUUGUCGCGUCGAGUGCUGCAGAGUGUUCAGUCGCCGAUGUAUCCGUCAUCGCUCACACCGGCGACCCCGUCGGCAGGGAGGAGGUGUAUAAUGAAAUCAACCUGUACAUAACAGGAAACACGUCCGACACGGCGGUGCUAUACCUGACCGACGUAUUCGGCAUCCAACUACCCGAGAACAAACUACUCGCAGACAGCUUCGGCCGAGCCGGCUACCUCACAAUAGCACCGGACCUAUUCAACGGCACACCAUCCCCAGUGGACAUCAACGGGACGGGGACGCCUGGCUUCAACACAACAGCAUUCCUCGCCGCCCACGGCCCCGAGGUUACGGACCCGAUCAUCGCGACCGCCAUCGACUACCUGCGCACCGCGCUCAACGUGACCAAGGUCGUCACGACCGGGUACUGUUUUGGCGGUCGUUAUGCGUUUCGGGUCCUUGCGGAGGGAAAGGGCGUCGAUGUGGGCUUCGCGGCGCAUCCUAGUCUCCUGGAGGAUGCUGAGAUUGCGGCGAUCACGGGGCCAGCGAGUGUUGCGGCUGCUGACGCAGACAGCUUGAUGCCACCGGAGCGUCGCGCGCAGAUCGAAGCGCUGCUGCUAGACACGGGACUCGCGUAUACGCUCUCGCUGUACGGCGGCACGCAGCAUGGGUUUGGAGUGCGUGCCAAUAUUUCGGAUCCGGAGCAGAAAUUUGGCAAGGAGCAAGCGUUCUUCCAGGCUGUUCGGUGGUUCGAUACAUGGGCUUGA